AUGAGUGGGGGAGAGAAGGGGAGAGAAGGGGAGAGAAGGGGAGAGAAGGGGAGAGAAGGGGAGAGAAGGGGAGAGAAGGGGAGAGAAGGGGAGAGAAGGGGAGAGAAGGGGAGAGAAGGGGAGAGAAGGGGAGAGAAGGGGAGAGAAGGGGAGAGAAGGGGAGAGAAGGGGAGAGAAGGGGAGAGAAGGGGAGAGAAGGGGAGAGAAGGGGAGAGAAGGGGAGAGAAGGGGAGAGUAGAGCAAGAGAAUAGUAAAAAGAAGAAAAGAGAAGAUUAUGAUUACGUUGAGGUCCGGGAUAAUGAACAAAGCUAUGGAAAGUACUGCGGUCGUUCUCUGCGUGGCAGUAACAUCAUGCUUGAGGACACACCGUAUGUAAAUGUUAUCUUCCACUCAGAUAAAAGCUUGUCUAAGAGAGGGUUUCACAUCAAGUACGACUAUGCAAACAAACACGGUUCUCCUAAUGAAAAAAAAGGUCGAGAAAUCAUAGCAAAGAGACUACCAUCGAAAGCCCUGACAACUCCUGAAACAACAACUCCUGAAACAACAACUCCUGAACAGACAACUCCUGAACCAACAACUCCUGAACAGACAACUCCUAAACCAACAACUCCUAAACAGACAACUCCUGAACCAACAACUCCUGAACAGACAACUCCUGAACAGACAACUCCUGAACAGACAGAAGAGGGCCCAUCUGAAGUCGUUGAAGGCCCUACUACUGUUGGAGAAGAGGGCCCAUCUGAAGUCGUUGAAGGCCCUACCACUGUUGGAGAAGAGGGCCCAUCUGAAGUCGUUGAAGGCCCUACUACUGUUGGAGAAGAGGGCCCAUCUGAAGUCGUUGAAGGCCCUACCACUGUUGGAGUAGAGGGCCCAACUGAUGGAGGAGAAGUUCCAACUAGUGAUGGAGAUCGCCGGACUGAUGGACUUAAAGGCCACGGUAGUGGAAGUAGUGCCCAUCUUCAGGAAAUGAUGUUCAAACUUCAGUUAUUAAUGCUCAACGAAAAGAUACACGGACUCAUGCUUAGGAUCGAGAAUUUGAAGCACAUUUUGAAGCAGUGCGCAAAGCAACAUGAGCAUCCGAAGGGCGAAUAUGGAUCCAGUUACAUAAAAAGGGAAUUUGGAGAUGAUUUUGAUGAUUUUGACCUUCUGUAUGAUAUGAAUCGUCGUCGGCGUCGAAGAAGAGAUGUAACUGACUACGCAGAAGAGCUCAAAGAAAAAAUCAACCGACUUGAGAGCCAGAAGAAAAUGCUCCAAAUUAAACAAAAACUUAUAAAAUCGUGAAGAUCAUGAUAUUAUCGUAUUAAUUCAGUUGCCACCAGUUUUGACGUGCACAAUUAUAUAUUCAACGUGGUCUUCAGUGGAAGUUCUAUUCUUAAAAUAUCUGGUUUAAUCAAAGGGCUAUUACUAACCAGCAUUCAAUGCGUUCGUAGUGUUUUUUUUUUUUUUUUUUUUUCAUAUACGGAAAAUGAAGUGACUUCAAAAAUCCGUGAUCUGAUUCAAUCAGUUACUUCUGGUAAUCUUAUAAUGCCUCUAUCUGCUCUAUUCAUAAAGAAUAAAGGGAAAAAGUUUUUCAGCGGUAAAAUUGUGGUGUAUUUCUUUUUCAAACACAAGCAAAGCUAAUAAGUGAUGCCGGUUGGCGAUGGUCCUUCAGAAUAGUUUUACAAGGGCAUUAGAAAUGUAGAUGAAAAAGUUGUACUGAACCAUACAAGAUUAAAUAAACUUUGUUGAAAAUACU